AUGGUACUACGUACUAAUACACAGUACUGGAACGAUUCCUGCUCUCUCGUAGAACUGAGGUACGCAAUAGCAAGAGGGGCAACAGGGGCUACCACCAACCCUGUAAUAGUAAACACAGUACUCUCAAAAGAGUUUUCCACGUAUCAAGCAACAUUAAAAAAAGCACUCAAGGAUUACCCCAAUGCAGGAGAAGAUGACAUAGCGUGGCUACUUAUUGAGUACGCAGCAAUUCAGGGGGCAAAGCUACUUGAAAAGAAGUUUGAUCCAAAGAAGGGAACAGGUCGCAUAUCCAUUCAAACGAACACUAAAUACUAUAAAAACACAGAAAAACUAGUACAGCAAGGGCUGCACUUUCACAGCUUAGCAAAAAAUAUGCAGGUUAAAAUCCCUGCAACAGAGGCAGGGAUUUGCGCAGCAGAAGAGCUAACGUACCAAGGGGUAAACAUAAAUGCAACAGUAAGUUUUACUGUUCCCCAGUCCCUUGCUAUUGCAGAGGCUGUAGAAAGAGCUUUAGACAGAAGGGAGAAGGAAGGUAAAAGCAACGCGGCCAUACAACCAGUAUGCACCAUUAUGGUAGGGAGAUUAGACGAUUGGCUAAAGGCAUAUACAUCACAGGAAGGCAUUAUCCUUGACCCAGAAUGCUUAGAGUGGGCAGGUGUUGCGGUGUUUAAAAGAGCCUAUGAAAUAUACAAAGAGAAAGGCUACAGAAGUAAAUUACUUGCAGCAGCGUAUAGAAACCAUUAUCACUGGUCUGAGUUUAUAGGAGGAGAUGUUAUUGAAACCAUUCCGUAUGCCUGGCAGGUAAAAUUUAAUAACAGCACAAUUGCAGUGCAAAAUAGAAUGAGCACCCCCGUCGAUAGUGGUAUUGUCAAGCAACUCACACAAAAAGUGCCAGAUUUCAAAAAAGCGUAUGAACCUAAAGGGCUCACUGAACGACAAUUCAAUAGUUAUGGAGCCACUAAGCGCACGUUACUGCAGUUUGCUCAAGGAUACGAUGAGCUUGUCCGCUUUAUUCGAGGGUAUAUGAUAGAGGUCUAA